GUCGAGGUGGUCACACCAAUUCUCACCCCCCCUUUAUUAGCUAUCGGGCAGCCGUGGCCUGAGUCUGUAAGGCCACCAUUUGCGCAGUCUUGAAUUAGCAACCACGAGUACAUGUUGGUCUUCUUUGCGAGUGUGAGUGAAGAUGGACGCAAUGUUUGUUAGCUACAAUAAUGGCACAAAAACGAAGAGACGUGGGCUGGAUCCACCCCAACCAGGAUGAUACUUACUCCGACAAUCACAGUGCCGAGGGGGCCGACAAGUCGCAACAAAUGAAUACCGUCACACAUCGAGGGCCAAGAUUGAGACACAGCCCAGCUGAUGGUGGUAAUCUGCCAACUGAGACGAUUAGCUCGGAAGAUGGGAAAGUACAUGGUACGCCCAGACUGCCAGGUCUUGCAAUAACGCAAAGCGGUAGUGGAUCAUUCCAAAGCUCCUCGCCACAGCGGAUUCGGUCAGAGUCUCAACGUGCGAAACCAGAUCCUGCCUCCCGCUUGGACUAUGAAAAAGUACACGACUAUCCUCUAGGGACACCACGCCUUGCGGCAUUCAUGAAUUCCUCGGACCACAACGCUGUAUAUCGACGAUUUGGACGUCUGUCUGCACGACUUCUGGUCCAACUCGAAGUGGAAUUGACCGGUCUCGAGACAAAACUAGACGAGCUUGACAGAAAGGACGCGGCGGACAAAGUGAUGAAAAAGAGGCUGCGGGGAUAUGAGAUUGAGGGAGAUGAUGGUGCUCAGACUGAACUUCUCAAAGAGAUACAAGAGAAAUUGAGCCAAUACUUUGAAGUACUGCUCUACGAGAGCCAAGUCCGCGCACUUGAGCCAGCACCUCCACGACAUCAUCUUGGUCUUUUCGACUACAUGCGGAAUCGAAAACCUUUGGCACCGGAUAGAGACGACUUUAUCCUCCAUGUAGAAGAUUUUGUAUCUGUUGCCAAAAAAUCCGAAAGCGGUACGCGUAUUACAGAUGUACUCGAGAUCUUCAUGGCUUCAUGUCCACGUAUUGCUAAGUUCCUCCACUUGAAGCGUAUCCUGCAGACCAAGCGGGAGAGAGAGAAGAUCGAAGAUGACACUGUCGAUCAGUACUCUGAGUUUCGGUUUGGCGUCCUUAACAAAGUUGUCGCUGUUUCUGCAGCAGUAUGCACUCUUCUUAUACCCGUGAUGCUGUUGUUCCUAGUGGACAUGUCGAAACAGGCAAUGGCGUGGCUUGUGUUCGUGUUCGUGCUUGCGUUUUGUGUCAUGGUGAGUGUGGUUACAGGUGCCAGAGCACAGGACAUUUUCAUUGCAACUGCUGCGUACGCUGCUGUCUUGGUGACAUUUCUGGGCAAUUUGAGCCAUGGAUAGGCGCAAAUUGAGGGAAGGCGAGAUGAAUGGUAAUUCGUAAAUGGGAAUAGUAGCGUCGGAAAUCGACUCGUAGAUGUGGUUUCUGGGGUUUCUGGUGUCGGCCGUGUGGAACAGCUAUGGCUGCGAUGUGGUGUAGAGAUCGGAAGGCUAGAAGUCUUCGGUAUCGUGUGAUGAAGGAAAUAAGGAGAUGUUGGCAUGGCGGUUUCCUAGGCAUCAAUUCUCGCAAUUUCUGUUAUUUAUGGGCUUCACCUCUCUUUCGUAACACUCUCUAGGUGUGGGUGGGUUUAGGAUCAUCAAAAGCUCAUAUUCUUCGUGGAAUACAUUCGCGUUCAUUGUGUCAAGAUGUCGCAGCUGCAGGUUGUGAUGC